GCCUCGCCGACCCCGUGACUGGCGGCGAGGUCGCGUGACGCGAGGCCGGGCCUCCCAAGAUGGCGGUGUGCGUGGCGGUGAUCGCCAAGGAGAAUUACCCUCUCUACAUCCGCAGCGUCCCCACAGAGAACGAGCUCAAGUUCCACUACAUGGUGCACACGUCCCUGGAUGUGGUGGACGAGAAGAUCUCUGCCAUGGGGAAGGCCCUGGUGGACCAGAGGGAGCUCUACCUGGGGCUGCUGUACCCCACGGAGGACUACAAGGUGUACGGCUAUGUGACUAACUCCAAAGUGAAGUUUGUCAUGGUGGUGGACUCGUCCAACACAGCGCUUCGUGACAACGAGAUUCGCAGUAUGUUCCGGAAGCUGCACAGCUCCUACACAGAUGUGAUGUGCAACCCCUUCUACAACCCGGGGGACCGCAUCCAGUCCAGGGCCUUCGAGAGCAUGGUGACGUCCAUGAUGAUACAGGUCUGUUGAGUGAAGACUGCUGCCCGUUGCUGGAAGAGAAGUGUUCUGUGCAUAACCGUGUCAUUAGAUGUGUAUUUAUUAGCCUGUGCCCCUCCCUGAGCGUCGUGGACGAGCUGCUCAGAGGCAGGGCUGUGUGCACAGCUGAGCCGACUAAAGGUCUUUCUCGUAAGAUCAGGUUUGGCUUUUGCCUUCUGUCAGCAGAGGGUUUAAACAAGGGAGUUUAACACGAGGCUUUUCAGGGAGGGGACACAGGGCAGGGAGCCACCGGCCCCCUCGGCAUGAAGGGCGGGGUGAGCAGGGUGGUGGGAGCCUGUGAAGCUUGGAGCCCUGAAGAGGCUGUGGCCGUGGGGUGGCAGAGGGUGGCACAGAGGGACAUGGCUGGCCCCUGCAGUGGCUCCCCGGGUGGGUGGUCUGUAAGGCGGCCGCCUGUGCCGAGGGGCCAUGUGGGAUGGUCCACCCACCUUCCCCGAGUGUGCGAGCACCUUCCUCUUUUUGCUUUGCUUCUGGCCCAGCGUGUGGCGGGGCCGCCCCGGGAGCCAGAAGCCUCAUGUAAAUGCAGGGUCUGCUCAUGCUGCUUUCUGAGAACCAGCUCAGCCUGCAGGCACUCCUCCAGCUAGUGGGCCAGCCGAGGGCUCGGAGGUGAGCCCCCUUCCCUGCUGCCCACAGGCAUCUGGCACGCUGCGGCCGGGGUUACGUCUGAAGAGGAUCUGAUGUAAUGGGAUUUCUGCAUUCACCUUCCCCAGAAGCCUGCCCAGCCAAAUCCAGAUGACAGUUAUCACUAGUUGACCAUGACUGAGGUGACAGCCCUUCCAGGAUCCAGUGGCCCAGGUGCCGUCACCCUUUGCCAUUUAACAUUGUGGCUAUAAAGUGGGAGAGGCCACACACAGCUGGGUCUGAGCCCCACCCCGUAGUCUGCCCCAAGUUUUCAGGGUGGCUGACUUUCCUGUGGUGGCAGCCCCACGAGAGCCGAGAGCCCCUCCCUGCCCUCCUAGUCACUAGGGAGAGGGCCUCUGGCCCGGAGUAGGGUGGCUCAGGCGCCCUUGGAGAGCAGGAAACGCUCUUAGCAUGGUUGGCCAGCCGGGUGUUGCGACUGGGAGGUGGACUCCCUUCCCUGCUCAUGAACAAAGGAGUGAUAAUCUUAAGUUUCAGAAGUAAAGAAAAAAAAUGAGCUGAUACAGUGUGUUAAAAACACAAGUCCCAGGUCCCCCACCCUACGUCCCAGCACAGGGGUAACUGGAAGCCCCAGAGGGGCUGAGGAGCCCCCAAAGCAGAUGGGGGCCUGCUGCCAGUCGGCCAUAGGCUAGCCUCACAUCUUGGGUUGUGUUGUAGUGAUUAAGCUCUCCUGCCCGCUUAGUGGCUGUGUAGGGGCUGCAAGUUGCUGACCCAACAUCCAUUCUCCUUUGCUUCCUUACUAAUAGAAUCCUGGUGUUACUAGGGACAGGUAACCAGACAAAAGAUGCUUCUAUCCUCCACUGCACACGAGGGUAGUGGGGGAUUUCAUGUAAGUGGAUAUGGCAUGUAAGUGGAUAGCACUGGGAGGGUACUUGCAGGGAAGAUCCUUGAAGAGGGGAUUUCGCUGGCAGGUGGAGUACUUGUCCUUCAUAUUUUAUCUUCUUCCUGCCUAGAACGUAGAUGUGAUGGCUGGAGUUCAGGCAGCCAUCUUGAGGACGUGGGAACAAGAUUCAUGCCCUAAGGUUGGGGGUGCAGAAAGCUAGAGGGAGCCUGGGUCUUUGCUGGUAUGCUAGCCAUGGGCUGUUUAUGUUGAGCUUUUUUUUUUUAAUGUG